GCCACUGAGGACCUGACAUCUGGAUCAGAUGACGUGGAAGAAACAGAUGACUGUUGCAUUGGAGGUGGAACCGCCUUUCAAAAUCAGCCGAGAAUAUAUUAAGCGCCGGUAAAAAUGCGGCUGCUGAUCGACAUUAUUUACUCAGCUCUGGUACUUCUGGCAAUAGGUGUAGCGUUGGCAAUUCCAAAGCCAGAUGAGAAGGAUAAAAAAGAUCGUGUGUUGGACAAUGACCUGAGCGACAAGGAGCACUACCAGAACGAGGGGCACAACGCGCAGUAUGACCACGAGGCGUUCCUGGGGGAGGAAGAGGCCAAGACCUUCGACCAGCUGUCCCCGGAGGAGAGCAGGAGGAGGCUCGGGGUGAUCGUGGACAAGAUCGACGGCGACAAGGACGGCCUGGUGACCCAGGAGGAGCUCAAGGACUGGAUCCAGUACACGCAGAGGAAGUACGUGACGGACGACAUCCAGCGCCAGUGGCAGUCGCACAACCCCGAGGGCAAGGACAAGAUCACCUGGGACGAGUACAAGCAGCGCGUGUACGGCUUCAUGGACGACCUGGACCCCAAGGAGCUGGAGAAGGACGAGGAGGGCUUCUCGUACCAGAACAUGCUGCGGAGGGACCGGCGCCGCUGGGACGUGGCGGACGCCGACGGGGACUCUGCCCUGACCAAGGAGGAGUUCGCGGGCUUCCUGCACCCCGAGGAGACGGGCCACAUGCGCGACGUGGUGGUCCUGGAGACGCUGGAGGACAUCGACAAGGACAAGGACGGCAAGGUGUCGCUGCAGGAGUACAUCGGCGACAUGUACCGCGGCUCCCAGGGCGAGGAGGAGCCCGAGUGGGUCAGGAACGAGCGCGAGCAGUUCUCGGCGUACCGCGACAAGGACGGCGACGGCUUCAUGGACCAGGAGGAGGUGAAGAACUGGAUCAUCCCGCCGGACUUCGACCACGCCCUGGCAGAGGCGCGCCACCUCAUCUACGAGUCGGACACGGACGCCGACCAGAAGCUGACCAAGGACGAGGUGCUGGCCAAGUACGACCUGUUCGUGGGGUCGCAGGCGACGGACUUCGGGGAGGCCCUGGCCCGCCACGACGAGUUCUAGUGGCGCCCCCCGGCGUCGCGGCCGAGCGGAGUCCCUCUGAGACCGGCCCCCGGGAGGAUCUCCCAGUUCUAGUGGCGCCCCUGGGACCUCCCCCCCGGCGUCGCGGCCGAGCGGAGUCCUUCUGAGACCGGCCCCCGGGAGGAUCUCCCCUGUUCCGCAGCGCACGUUACUUGACCGACUCUCGAACCGUGCUCUUGUUGGCGGCACGUCAGGGACAGACAAGUACCAGGGGAAAAAGUUUAACAGAGAUGUAUUUUUACUGAAUAUAUUUAUUUCUAAAGAAAGUAACGUCACUUGAAAAUGUGUUGGUUGUAGUCGGCAGAAUUCUGUCUCCUACUCGUUUGUGUUAAAAAAUAAAGUUGGUACAUGGUAAAAAAAAAUUUAGACAAUUACUUUGAAUUUAGUAUGUUAGGGUGACUCAAACUAACCAUUUUAUACUAAAUUUGCUUCUCUUCAAGGAUGAUGUGUGAUGAAGUUAACAAAGAACAUGACUGAUGAAGUUGAACCCUUGGGUACCAAAUCAGGUAAUAUUUUUUUAAUACACUUUUUGUAAUGUAUGUUUUUACUAUUUAAUUUUUUAAUAGAGUUUAAUUUUUUCUCUACAGCUUAAAUGGGUUAGUGAUUUUUUCUUGUUAGAUCUAACAAGAGAAUUUAUAUUAUCAAAUUUCAGUGGAAACCCUGCAGUUAACAUCUUUUUGAAAUUGCAGACUUAAAUUAGUUUUUCCUGUUAUCAGCUUUUAAGUGAAAUUUAUUGUAAUAGCAAAGCAAUCGUAAUAGCUUUACACAUUUUGGGCUCAAGUUACUUAUAAAAAAAAAAGUUGUCACCUCUAGCUCACAUCAAAAUUAACUUCUGUCAUGAUAAAUUAGAUGGUUAAUUAUUUUUAAUACGUCUUUUGCAGGUCGCUACGGUGUGGCACAAGUCCGUGACAUUUUCCAUCCAGUAACUGGGCUCUGUCACAAGAACCUUUAAAAAAAAUGUCACUAGUCUUAUAACAUAUAUUGAUGCAUCAUCCAAGUAAAAGUAUAAAAAAUUAAUUUAUCGGGAGGAUAAAAAAUCAGCUGUCAGCUAUAUCAAAAGAAAAGAGCAAAAAUAACUAUGCAUUCAAGUGACGAUACUUUUGCCCGUGUCAAUUAAUGUGACACACACAUGUGUGUUUUUAUUUAUAUCCAGAUUUAUACUCUAAAGGGUAAAGAAUUACCUAAAAGAUCAUCAUACCGUAAUGGGUGCUACAUUGGGAGGGAUUUGCUGCCUCCUACGGCUGGUUUCAGAAGGGCUUAGGUUAGCGCUGAUUCGCUUGGCCAAGCUUUCGCAGAACAGAGCAUAGCAGUGUCUUAAUAUUCCUCGUUGCAUUCGUACGAUGUGCGUGGCAGUUUCUUUUCCAGCAUUGCUAUUAUUCUAAUUCCAUCACACAUACUUACUAACAAUUUUUGUAGAAUUUGUGCUAACAAGUCCUUUAGGAAUCAUUAUUUUGUAAUCAUUUCUCAUUUAUCAAAUUGUAAUUUAGUCUCAAAAUAGGCACCCUAAUUCUCAAAUGCAGAUACGUAUUACAAGAACAUCAGUAAUGAUCUGUUUAGAAUAAUUUUGUGAAAGCAUGAACCAAGAUCUGCUAAGUUGCAAUGUAUUGUAGUUGUAUGUUUUUUUUUUUUUAGUUAGGUACAUUUAGUUUAUAUGUAGUUACACCCGCAGGUACGGUAACAUUGGUGUUAACAAGCCUGGAUAGUUGGUUAUUCUGUUUACAGGCAACAGAAAUUUAGUUUAUCAACUGAGUUCUCAACUUCAUGCAGAAAUACAUUUUUUUAAAAAUUUUAACACUUAUUUGAAGAAAGAAAAAACUUUUAUAUCAAUUUUGUAAUACUAUGUACCUAUUUGAAUUUAUGUGCCAGUAACAUUUUUUUCUAAACAUACUUGUACAUGCAAUAUCCCAUUUUCCUUGGCAGUAAUGAUUUUACAAUUCAGUAACCAAGCAAUACAUUCUUUCUUGAAAGCUAUAAUUUUUUCCAAUUGAAUUAUUGUUCAAAUGCCUGUGUAUUUGAUGUUUGCUCGCCGUAUGAGGAUAUUAAGGUGUCAGAAAAAAUUUUGUGAUCAUAGCAAGGUUGGGGAGGGUUGAAAUUUGAAUCUACACUUCAUGGUGGUUUCAGGUAUCAUUUUUCCGAAAAUAUUUUCACUGUAUUAAUAAUUAAUUAAUUAAUUAAUUAAUUAAACAUAAAGAUCUUAAGUGGUGAAGAAAAAUAAUUUUAAUGAGUAUUACGACAUGAAUGAUCUUAUUUUCCAAUUUGGUGUUUCACAUCUGUGAUCUUUACAAUAAUACAUAAUUUUAUUAAGAGUGGCAUUCUUAUGGUGUGGGUAAAAUGCCAAAUGUUUUUGCUCUAAUUUAAUGAUGUAACUAAACCCAACCUUGAAAAUAUUCACAGGCUUCCAGCAUUGCUACCAGAAUGUGUAUUUUUCUUCGUAAUGAGGUUUUUUCCCUACCUCUUGCAAGAUAAUGAAGAAUGUCACUAACAGAGUCUGUUGUGGCAUGCGUGUGUCAUUUUCUGUUGCUGGAGAGCAAAGCACAAUAUUUUGUGAUUCCAAGUACUGUAGCUGAAUCUACUUGGUACGCCUUUAGUCAUUAGAGUAGUUCUUUUAUACUUCUUUACAUUAUAUUUUUAAUUGUAAAUCUAUUUUUGACUUCUGUCUACUAGAUGUCAGCAUUUAAUAAGCUACCAGUACAAGUGCUUUUAAAAUGCAGUUUUUUUUUCAUCUUAUCAAAACAAUUCAAUUGUAUGAUGAUUGAUACAAAUGCAUGCACAAAACUAAUUACAUAUGUUGAUUACAGUGCUGUACAUUGUAUACCUACUUAUUUUAAUGUCUAGAUGUUGAUCAGAACUUGCCACUAGUUGAAUGUUUUUUUUUCUUUCUGUGAUGAUUUCGUUUGAAUAAUUUACUGUAAAACUCGUCUGAAAGUCUAGAUUUUUUUCUUCUUCGUAAUUUACAAAAUUUACUUGAGUAUAAGAUGCAUUUUUUUUUAGAGACUUUUGAGCUCAGAAAAUGGAAGUGCAUAAUACAUUCGCCAAAUUUAUUCAAUUCUAUGACUGAAUUAUUUAAUGUUGCCACAUUUAUUCAAAUCUACGAUGCACAUUUUUAAUGAGUAUUCAUUUAAAAUUCGGGAAACAGGUUGCUUUCAAAUAUUUGUGAUUUCCCAUGUUUGCAGACUCACCUAAAUUUGAAAUUUAACAUGAAUAAGUAGAGCAGGUUAUUUAGCAAGAUGUGGCACAGAAAAAUGGGGUGGGUUGAGUACUUUAGUGCAUAAGUUAGACUCCUGUUUAAUUCAAAAAUGCACCGAGCAUUUGUUAAAUAACAACUUCUCCUUUAAUUAAGGUUCAAGUAGCUAAAUGAAUAAAAGGCAGACCUGAACAGCCUGUGAACUUAAAUUUGCUGUGCAGUGCUGUAGGGGUUAGGAAACCACUUAGGACUAGUGCAACAUUGUAAACAUUCAUCUGUUACUUAAAUUAAAGUGCAUUUGGAUUAUACUUCUUAUGCAAGGUUAUCGCGUUUAAUGUUAGCUUUACUUUCUCAUACUGCUGUGGCGGGGGAAAAGAAUGACAGAGAGCUAGCUGGGAAGUGAUUGCUUGAUGGUGUGAUAAACGAACAUUGCUCGAUGGCCCAGGGUUACCAAUAGAAGCAGCAACAGCGUAUGAUUUCAUAUACUUUUGUAAAUGUUUACAUACUUUCUCGUACUUUUGCCUAUUUUCGCAUGCUUUCGCAACUCGUAAUAUGCAACUCUAAACUCUCAACUCUGAAGUUGGAUCCGGUGUUAGCAUUAAAACUGUGACGAUAUGCAUGGAUUUCCAAUGGGUUUAUUUAAUCAUAAUUUUUAGCUAUCGUAAACCCAUUGAUUCAUUCUUGAAGAGUCCGUUGCAGACAUGGACAGGCGCCAUUAAGAGUCUACUUCCAAUGCAUGAUUACGAGUGUUUUAACAUACUAGACUACCCUAAACAAUUUUUGUGUCCCUCUUGUGUGUGAGUUGCACUUUGACAUGCGUGGCAUCCACGCAUCAAUGUGGUUUUUUUUUUUUAAUUUAAAAGGUGACCUUCACAAAUUAUAUUAUUGCCAUGAUAAUAAUAUACCAAAGUAUUUUACAUUUGCUCGGUAUGCACACAUAAGGGUAACUUAUCAUCGGGGGAACAGUACAUCACUUGGUGAACGCAGCUACUAAGUCCAGAUAGCUAGCAUAAAAUUACAUGCUGGGUAUACAUUGUCGGUAAAUGAGCCAACAAACUGCAAUACAAUUGUCUUAGAUCACAUUUAACAUUAACAACCAUCUAUUGGCAUUAGGCGCAACUUCCAGAGUCCAUUCAUUGACUAUUCACUAUUGUAUGUCUGCUUACGAAAUUUUUGUUUUGAUUCAAUUUUAUGCUUUACCAUAAUUUAUAUUUAUGAUAUCACUCCAGUCCUUUUAUUUUAUAUUUAUUAAUUAUUUGCAUUCAAAAUUAAAGUUAGAUUUUUAUCAUGCCAAAUAAGUAUGUAUAACUUCUAAUGUGUACAUGAGUACAUGCAUCCAUUGUUUUUUUAAUAUUUGGUAGGUAAACUUUAUCUGUUAGAGAAACUUGAAGAUCGAAAGAGUGCUGUGUCUUAGAUUUGAGUAACUAUGGUAUUUUAUUCGGUGUUACCUUUGAUGGCACGGAGGUCCCAGUUGCUGUAGUCUUAAUCGUCAAGUGAUGGUAAUAAAUUUGGUGUUCUUAAUUAAAUUUUUUUAAUCACGGAUCAUUUACAGUGCAGUAUUUUGGGAGGAAGCAGGAAAAAUGGCAUGUUUCUUUAUGUAUGUAUGUGAUACCUAGUUGUUUGCUUAUGCUGUAUGAUUAUGUACUUCAACAAUAUUUAUUUUUUAAGUUUUGAUGUAAACAGGAGGUGUAUCCUUGUGAUCUUAUAAUUCAUAUUUACAUUCCUAGAAAAGAAGAAAGCACCAUUUAAGUGCCUUUUUUUUUUGUUGGUAAUAAUGAUUUUUCGAAGUUCUCCCCCCCCCUCCCCCCCUUCCCCCUGUUCGAAAGAGUGAAUAUAGUUGCCUGUUUACCAUUUUUAUGUAUUAAAUUUGGUAAUACUGCACUGAAUUUGAUAGUUGGAUCUGGAAUAAAUGACCUCUAUUUUGAAGAGCAUGGAUGAUAAUUUAUAUUUUAUUUGUUAGUUUUAACACACAGAUGAUGGUGCUGUUACUUUUAUCAUAUUUAAUUAAUUUUAUGAUACUAAAUGUUUUGUAUUGACAGUGAAAAUAAGAUCUGACUGAAACCAGGGCGACACACUGCUUAGCUGUCGCAAAAACCUGUCAUUUUCUAGUAGUAUUAAAGUUGUGCCAAAGUGGGCUAGGAAAUGUGGUUUUUUUAUAUAUGUAAAAAAUUACUUCCAGUCCAAUCACAAUUCCUUAUUUUUCAUGAAAAAAAUAUCUUUGUGUCAAGGCAGUUUUGCAAUUUCAACUUUUAUAGUGACUCAUGUUUUUUUUUUGUUGCAAAACCAGUGAAGAAUGAAUGGAGACACUGUUAAUUGUCAACCAGUCUUACCAAUAACUGUGAAAUUGUUUGUAUGUUACAUGUUUAUAAUUUUUACCAGAUCUGUUUGAAGUAUACACAGAUUAAUAAAUAUUCUACUUAAAA